AUGGAGAGCCUGAGCAAUGGAAGUCAGCCAGAAAUAAGGACAGGGAUUGACAGCAGUGCAGUUGAUGAUCUGGGACAGCUUACUCAGUGGGAUCGGAAUCUAGGGAGUAUUGCGUUUCAGCUGGCAGCCCAGAAGGAGGAAGAACAGCAGAGCCUGAGUUCUGUGUUGGAGCUGAGGCUCUUCUCCUCAGACGGAGGACAGCAAGUGAGAAGAUUGAUGGAGUCCUCUGUGCUUCUCUGCAAGGGGUGUACCCCCUGGCAGAGGCUUCUGCUCACAGCCUCCCUUUUAACCUUCUGGCACCUGUCCACCACCGCCCGUAAGACCACUGUGUCAGUGCCACGCCGAGUGUCUGAAGGAGAUGACGUCCUGUUCCUUGUCCGCAAUCUGCCAGAGGACAUUAAAUCCUUAGCCUGGUUCAAAGGGCAAGGAAACACAACCAAAAAAAUUGCAACAUACACACUGCACAACGAUUUAAGUAGGCGAGGUCUUGCGUACAGCAAUAGAGAGACAAUAUAUCGCAACGGAUCUAUGCUGUUUGAGAAGGUCACCCUUAAGGACUCAGGAUUCUAUACGCUACAAACAUAUAACAGACGUGGAAAAAUUGUAUCGACAACAAACGUGAAUCUCAAUGUGCAAGCUUACCUUUGGAAGUGUGGGCGCCUUUCUACCUCUUCACAGCCCAGGAUUGAAUCAGUGCCACCCAGCGUUGCUGAAGGGAGAAGUGUUCUUCUACUUGUUCGCAAUCUCCCAGAGCACGUGACAGCCUUUCUCUGGUUCAAAGGAGAGAAUGACUUAAAGCAGAGCCUUCUGGCUUUCCACUAUUUUCCAUUCGAACAACCAGUUUUUUGGGGGCCUGCAUACAGUGGCAAGGAAACGGUCAACAGUGAUGGGUCCCUGCUGCUUCACAGUGUCAGUCAGAAAGACCGUGGAUUGUACGUACUGCGAAUUCUGAGAAUAGAUGGUAAAGAUGAAGAAGCAAAAGUGCAACUCCAGGUGGACAGUUCCCUUUCUGCAUUCUGCAAUGCUCUCACUCCUUCCCGACUCAUGAUCCAACCAGUGCCUCGGUAUGUAGCUGAAGGUGAAGACGUACUUCUCCAAGUUCAUAAUCUUCCAGAAGAAGCACAAGUAAUUUCCUGGCUCAAAUCAAACGAUGGGAGCCCAGCCCGUAAAUUUAUAGUAUACAACAGAACCAAGCCUUCUAUCUCCUGGGGGCCUGCAAAGAGAAUAAGAGGGAAGGUGUACAAAACUGGAUCCCUGCUGCUCCAGGAUAUCAUUGAGACUGAUGCAGGGAUGUACACACUGGAAGUUUUAAACAAAGAUUCCAAAAUUGAAAGAGCAAACGUGGAGUUUUAUUUAAAGAAGCCUGUGACACAGCCCUUUGUGCAAAUCACUGACACCACAGUUGCAGGAGGUGAUUCUGUGACCUUCACCUGCAUUUCACCUGACACUGAUGUCUCCAUCCGUUGGAUUUUCAAUAACACCUUCCUUUUAACCUUCUGGCACCUGUUCACCAUUGCCCAUGAGACCACUGUAUCAGUGCCACCCAUAGUGUCUGAAGGAGAUGACGUCCUGUUUCUUGUCCACAAUCUGCCAGGGGACAUUGAAUCCUUAGCCUGGUUCAAAGGACUAGGAGAUGAGGCAGAAGAAAUUGCAUCAUAUGCACUGCACAGUGAUUUAAGUAGGCCAGGUCCUGCGCACAGCAGUAGAGAGACAAUAUAUCACAACGGAUCCAUGUUGUUUGAGAAGGUCAACCUGAAGGACACAGAAUUCUAUACCCUACGAACCUAUAAUAGAAGUGGAAAAAUCGUGUCAACAGCAAACGUGUACCUCAAUGUGUAUGCUUUCCUUUGGAAGUGUGGGUGCCUUGCUCCCUCUGCCCAGACCACUGUUGAAUCACUGCCAUCCAGCGUUGCUGAAGGGGGAAGUGCUCUUUUACUUGUACACAAUCCCCCGGAGAAUAUUUUAGAGUUUCUCUGGUAUAAAGGAGAGGUUGACUCCAAGAACCUUUUGGCUACGCAACCUGUACCAGCCAAGAAACCCACUGUGUGGGGCCCUGCAUACAGUGGUAGAGAGACAUUGCACAGUGAUGGAUCCCUGCUGCUUCAUGAUGUCACUGAGAAAGACCAUGGAUUGUACACACUCCGAAUUCUGAGAACAGAUAUGGGAAUUGAAGAAGCACAAGUGCAACUCCAGGUGGACAAGCCUGUGACACAGCCCUUUGUGCGAAUCACUGACACCACAGUCUCAGGAGGUACAUCUGUGAUCUUCACCUGCGUUUCACCCAACACUGAUGUCUCCAUCCGUUGGAUCUACAAGAAGAAGAAUCUGCAGCUCACAGAGAGGAUGACUCUGUCCCCAACAAAGUGUGGACUCAGAAUAGAUCCUGUCAGGAGGGAGGAUGCUGGAGAGUAUCAGUGUGAGGUCUCCAACCGCUUCGGUUUGAAGACCAGUCUUCCAGUCUCCUGGCCGUGA